GCUCACCGGACUUGCAUGCGUCCUAUCAUCGGGACUGAAAUCCCCCAUUCCUGUUCCCCCACAUCCCGUCCUACCUGGAAAACAUUCCGCGAGGACGAGCAGAUAAACACCAUACCUGAACCCUUCCUUCCGCCAACUUACCGCUCUGUCGUACAAGUUCACCCUUCACCGUACCAGCUGCUACCCGCAAGUCACACGUGCCGGUAACUUGCCUGUUCUACCGCUUUAUUUAGUGCAGGUCAAUCACACCAUGUCUCCAAAGAGCUCAAUAGAGGUGGACAAGAGCAAGGACGAGGAUCAUGAAAACAUACACGAGGAUCCUCUUGAGGAAGAGGAGGAUGAUACUGCUGAUGUGGAUCCCUCUCACCAGGAAUAUCUAGAACGGCAGCGCAAACUGGACGAGUUCUUGACACCCUUAGCUCUGGAUGAGGCGGUUCUGUAUAAGCUCGCGCGUCGCUUCUCCACUAUCUACAAGGACUUAGCCCUGCAUUCCAAGGAACAAUUCCUACCGACACCAGUGACCCGUUUACCCACUGGUCUUGAAACUGGUAAAUAUCUCGCCAUUGAUGUUGGUGGAACCAAUCUUCGGGUUGCCUUCAUCGAGUUGCUGGGAGAGGCGGCGGAGUCUGACACGCCGCCGGGCGAUGCGUCCGCUAGAUCCAGAGAUACACUGCGCAAGGCACAGAGACAACGUGUGAAGCGAAGUCUGGAAAGAGCAUGGCCCAUACAAGAGCAUCUGAAGAUGGAUAAGGCAGAAGAUCUGUUCUCGUGGAUCGGCGACUGCAUUGCGGAAGUCGUGGCCGAGAGUCUGACUUCAGAGAGCACCCGCGGCGAAGUCCCGGAGGAAUUGGAGAUGGGCAUCACAUUCAGUUUUCCCAUCAUGCAAGAGUCGCUCACCGAGGCGACACUGAUGCCGAUGGGCAAAGGUUUCGCUAUCACAUCCGACCUUGAUCUACGGAAGAUCCUACUAAAUGGGUACGAAAAGCACACAAGACGUCCGGACGAUGAAUUUGAACCGUCUAGCAAGCGGCGGAAGCUCUUCAACCUUCCAAAAUUGAAGAUCGCGGCUAUCACCAAUGACACUGUGGCCACUAUUGCUUCCCUUGCCUACUGCGUAAAGUCUUUACCGAACAGCAGGGUCGCGAUGGGGAUUAUUGUGGGGACAGGGUGCAAUGCAACCAUUCCGAUGAGACUUAGCUCGCUCCACAGCUCCAAGGCGAAACAAGUACAGCAGAAGAAUCCCGAGGCGGAUGAGACUGUGGUCAAUACCGAGUGGACGCUCUCCGGUGCUGCUCCACCAUUGCAUGAGCUCAACAUCAUUACUCAAUGGGAUGUUGAGCUCGAUCAGGCUUGUGCACGGCCGGGAUUCCAGCCUUUUGAGUACAUGACUGGCGGUCGUUACAUCGGCGAACUGAUUCGACUUAUUCUCUGCGAUUACCUCACAACACAGUGUGGUCUGGCGAAGGAGGAUUUACCUGCGCCCCUUGUGCAAGGGUACGCCUUGACGACUUCAUUCAUAUCAGACAAGGUGGCCCGUUCCAGGUGCGACCAUGAACUCGCGACUGAGCUGGCUCAUUCUCUACCACCUCCCAAAACUAGCGAGUGGAACUGGGAUGUACAUUCGGCAAAUGCUUUCCGCAAGAUUGCCAGGACUGUGCAACGGCGAUCUGCAGGUCUGACCGCGGCGGCUGUUGUAGGGCUCCUUGCUUGCGCGCAAGAGAUUGAGCUGAAGGUCGACAGUCCGGGAAGCUCGCCCACGACUGAAACCAAUGUCACUGUAGAUCUAUCCGCGGUGUCGAAGCAUCUUUCCCCUGCAUUGGAGCCCCAAGCAUCGAGUACCAGUGGAUCAAGGACCAACAGCGGCCCUAUUGUUCCGGUAUUGUCCCCCACGCCCAUUCCUGCUGACUGGCAGUCGGGCCCAGAGGAACUGGUGGUCGCAUAUACAGGUGGGAUCAUCCAGCAUUAUCCUAACUUCAAGGAGAUGUGUCAAUUGUACAUCGACCGACUUAUUAUGAGGACCGGUCCGCAGAAGAGCGGCAAAUCGGUCUUUUUGCGAGAGGCGUCUGAUGGGGGUGUCAUUGGCGCGGGUGUGCUGGCGGGCAUGAUUGGAAACAUGUAAAAUGUUGAAAGCCGGCCCGGCUACUUGUAGACAGACGGUUGGGGGGACUUGGAUCUGGAUUACACUAUGGCGUCGGGUACUGGUAUCUCGGAGGAUUUGAUUUGAGUACAUGCGUAAGGCGUUCGACGGCGGCCAUUACGCUGCUCUUGUUGACAUUA